AUGGCUCGCCCCAGUCCCCCCAGCGUUGGCUGCGCAUCACUUGUACCCAGUCUCUCCAACAUCACCAGCGCCGAAGACAAGUACGCUUUCCUCUCCACAUUCGAUACCAUCUUCGUGAUCGACGACUCUGGGUCUAUGGCUGGCCGGACUUGGCGCGAGGUUCGCGAGGCCGUUGGCGCCAUCGCUCCUAUCUGCACCUCACAUGACCCUGACGGUAUCGACGUCUACUUCUUCAACCACAAGUCUCGAAACUCCGGCUCCGGUACCCAGGCCCCCGGCGGAUACUAUCAAAUCAAAGACGCCACGCAGGUGCAGCGUCUAUUCGAGUCUAUCCGGCCUGGUGAUGCUACUCCCACGGGAGCUCGCCUGCACAGCAUUCUCCAGCCUUACUGCGCCAACUUGUCACGCAAACCUGAGAAUUUGGACUCUACUAAACCCGUCAACGUAAUUAUCAUCACAGACGGCUGCCCAACCGACGACCCUGAGAGCAUCAUCAUCCACCACGCCAAGAAGCUCGACCAGUUCGAGGCACCCCCUUACCAGGUUGGCAUUCAGUUCUUCCAGGUUGGCAAGGAGUAUGGCGCGGCAAAGGCUCUGCGGGAGCUCGACGAUAGUCUUGCGGAUCUGAGCAUUCGUGAUAUGGUCGAUACGGCGGGGAGCUCCACCAGCUCGGACAACAAUAAGACGUUGACGGCCGAUGGGAUUCUCAAAGUAGUUCUUGGAGCGGUUGUGCGCCGUUUGGAUCGCAAGCCAACCCGAACGUAG